AUCACCUGACGACUGUAAAAGUCAUAUGACAGUCAGAGAAAGGGAAGCGCAAACUGCAGGGUCGCAAGGGUCUUCAAGUCUUGUGUACGGGUCCAUGUCCAUCAGACUGGAAAUGUCUUCUCUGCGUGUCUUCUUCUGUCUUCUGUCCGUCUCUGUGCUUGUGGCGAGCGGCUUGUAUGAUCCAGAUGAGGUGCUGGAUCUGCCGGGCAUGUCUUUCAAACCCAAUUACCGCCAGUGGUCAGGAUAUCUGAAGGCCAGUUCUGGCAAGUUUUUGCAUUAUUGGUUUGUGACGUCUCAGAGGGACCCGCUCAAGGACCCAGUCGUGCUGUGGCUGAACGGAGGGCCAGGCUGCAGCUCUUUGGAUGGGUUUCUAUCAGAGAACGGCCCCUUUCAUGUUAAUGAUAAUGGAGCCACACUUUAUGAGAAUGAAUUCAGCUGGAAUAAAAUCGCCAAUGUUCUUUAUCUUGAGUCUCCUGCUGGAGUGGGUUAUUCCUACUCCGAUGACCAAAAAUAUCAAACCGAUGAUGACGAGGUGGCAAAUAACAACUACCUGGCUUUACAAAGCUUUUUCAUCAAAUUCCCAAAUUUCACCCAGAAUGAGUUUUUCAUUUUUGGUGAGAGUUAUGGAGGCAUCUACGCACCCACACUCAGUCUGAGAGUAGCAACUGGAGGUCAGCUUAAAGUGAACUUUAAGGGCUUUGCUGUGGGAAAUGGCAUUAGUAGCUUUGCACUAAAUGACCAAUCACUAAUCUACUUCGGCAACUAUCAUGGCCUGUUUGGAGAACAGCUGUGGAAGGAUCUGAAUGACAACUGCUGUCAAAAUGGAGUCUGUAAUUUCUACAACAAUUCUAAAGAGUCCUGCUCUGUUAUGGUAUCGCAUGCAUUUAAUAUAGUCUAUAACUCAGGGUUGAAUACAUACGCGCUGUAUCUUGACUGUGCUGGUGGUGUCACAUCUCAGAGCACCAUGAUGCAUCUUUUCAGAAACUUCAGGAAGCACUGGGAAGCUAAUAAGUUAGUAGGAAGUACUCCAGAUGUUCAGGCAGUGCCUCCAUGCAUCAACAGUACAGCUCAGAUGAACUGGCUUAACCGAGGUGAUGUGAGGAAGGCGCUGCACAUUCCUGAUGUACUACCACCAUGGGACAUCUGCAGUGAUGUUGUGGGAGAGCAGUAUCACACCAUUUACGAAACUAUGAAGGACGUCUAUGAGAAGCUGCUGGCCUUGGGUCUGAGAGCUUUGGUCUAUAAUGGAGAUACCGAUAUGGCUUGUAAUUUCCUUGGGGACCAGUGGUUUGUUGAGCAGCUUGGACAGAAGGCAAGCACUCAGUACCAACCCUGGAUUUUUGAUAAACAGAUUGCUGGAUUCUACCAGCAAUUUGGCAACAUCACUUUCCUCACAGUCAAGGGUGCAGGUCACAUGGUUCCUCAGUGGGCUCCUGGUCCCUCUCUCCAGAUGCUACAGAGUUUCCUGUCCAAUAAGCCUUAUUGAACUUCCUCCAGACCGUGUCCAGUCUUAAAGCACCAGAUCUGAUUUUUAGAACUGGUCUUGAAUGGACUUGAAGAAAGUGUGAUUUUAAGGAAACUGUUGAAAUGUGACAUGAAGCUGCACAAUAAUUUUCUCAGGGACUGUUGGGUGUACGUGUGUUUGCAUAUGUUUGGGAAUUCUGAAAUGCUUUUUAUUUUUUAAUUGCUUGAAUCUUUUUAAAUCAAUUUUUUGUUUAACACUAGGGGUGGUUUUCACAGUCAUGUUGAUCAUAACAAAGUGUCACAUUAUCCCAAUUAUAGAUCAUAUGUUUUUUAAAACCGUAUUAGUGGAUAUCACAUGGUUUUAAAAUGCUUAUUUUGUCCUUAAAUCAUUGGUAACUGUUAAGGGAUCUGUUCAUUGAACACGUGGUGAGAUGUACUGAAGACAAAUAUAUUUAUAGUCUUCAUUUUGUUCCUACCCUUCAUACACUCAACAUUGAAACAAAUUUAUACUGUUCUUAAUUAUUUGGAUCUAUGGUUAUAAAUGGUUUACAAUCCUGUCUGGUUGGCAAAUUCUCUAAGAAGGAUUAUAUGAAUGAGAAUAUAACAAAGAUACUGGAAUCAGAAUAAUCAGUAUAAACCAAGAAAUAAAAAAAGCUGUUUUUGUGUGAUUUGUCUGUGUAUAUCUGUAUUCCUUAAGAUUAUGAUCUGAUAAAUUAUAUGGCAACUGUUUGAACAACAACAGCAUCUAGAUGUAUUGACAUGAGAAAUAAAAAUUGACUGAUUUAAGUAA